GCCCGGCGGUGCCGCUGCUGCUGCGCAUUAGAGCGGGCUGCUGGACGACGAAGCUGCGGCUUGGAUUCAUGAGGCACGCGACGAAGAGCAACGCCCACUGGAGAGACGCACUGCUGUACCUCGCCAUGGCUUCCCCAGAACGCGCGGACGAAGAAUAAUUCAGCUCUCUCUCGGGCGCAAAACCUCUGCCUCUGCUCCACGCACCCUGCCUAAACUUCGUCAAUGCGAUGGCUCUGUGCAGUGCACUACUUUUGGUUGUUGAGCGGAGUACCUCACCCACACCCCCGCGACCUAAUCUCCACACACGAGACCACCUCUUCCACGCGCUACUCAAGCAGCAGCAACAUGCCGGUCAAUGUAGCAAUCAACGGUUUCGGUCGCAUCGGGAGGCUGGUGAUGCGAGCCGCCAAGAACAACAAGAAUAUCAACAUCGUCGCGGUGAACGACCCCUUCGUGCCCACGGAAUACAUGAACUACAUGUUCAAGUACGACACCGUGCACGGCAUCUACGACGGGACUGUAGAGAACGACGACAGCAACCUCAUCGUCGACGGCAAGAAGAUCAAGGUGUUCGGCGAGAUGGACGCAUCCAAAAUCAAGUUUGGCGACGUAGGUGCGGACGUGGUCGUCGAGAGCACCGGCAUCUUCACCUCGAAGGAGGGUGCCGGCGUUCACCUGAAGGGCGGCGCCAAGAAGGUGGUGAUCAGCGCCCCCUCUGGAGACGCGCCAAUGUUCGUGAUGGGCGUCAACCACGACAAGUACACCCCGGACAUGGACGUCGUGUCCAACGCCUCGUGCACCACCAACUGCCUUGCCCCCAUGGCCAAGGUCAUCAACGACACGUUCGGGCUUAAGGAGGGUCUCAUGACCACCGUGCACGCCGUAACGGCCACCCAGAAGACAGUAGACGGACCGUCCAAGAAGGACUGGAGGGGCGGAAGGGGAGCCGGGUUCAACAUCAUCCCUUCGGGAACUGGUGCCGCCAAGGCUGUGGGAGUCGUCAUCCCGGAGCUCAACGGCAAGCUGACCGGCAUGUCCUUCCGCGUGCCCACGGCGGAUGUAUCCGUUGUGGACUUGACGUGCCGCCUGACGAAGGGCGCGAGCUACGACGACAUCAAGGCCGCCAUGAAGGAUGCAUCGGAGGGGUCGAUGAAGGGAUACCUGGGUUACACGGAGGAUGCGGUAGUGUCCUCUGACUUCAUCGGUGACUCUCGAUCGUCCAUCUUCGACGCCACGGCCGGCAUCGCCCUCACAGACGACUUCGUCAAGCUCGUGUCGUGGUACGACAACGAAUGGGGUUACUCCAACCGUGUGUUGGACCUCAUCACUCACAUGGACAAGUCCUCCUAAGCCCUCGCCCCUCAGAAACGCGUGGGGAAUGUUGAGGGGAUCGUUGUCGGAGAUCGAUCGUCGUCGGAGAUCGGCCUUUGUCGGAGAUCGAUCGUCGUCGGAGAUCGGCCUUUGUCGGAGAUCGGUCGUUGUGGAGAUGGAUGAUCGUCAGCCGUUGUCUGAGAUAGAUGAUUGUCGGAGAUGGAUGAUGGUCAGCCGUUGCGGAGAUGGAUAAUUGUCGGAGAUAGCACCGGUCACCGGCCCAAGCGAAUGCUGGAGUCUGAAUUAAGAUGAUCCCCCCAAUACAUGGAUGGCAUUUUAUUGCCGGAAGGACAUUUUGCAUGCUUGACCAAUGUGUUAUCGAUGGCACUCGUUCAAUAUAAAGUUUUGAUGGAUCGGUAUCUCGCGCUUGUGACGUCCUUACCUAGUAGACACACAAGGUGUUUUCUUCAAUACCUAUCCAAUACCUAGUAUACACAGUGGUUUCUGUGUUGAUCUGCGUUGAACCGGCCCCAAAUUCAGCACCAUUGUUGUCGCCGCCUGGGUUUCCGCUUGAAUCGCAGGCGUUUUUCGUAGCUUUUAAACGGACGUUUUGGUUGUCUUCGUGGCGCGGCUUCUGUUGCCGUUCUUACGAAAUGUGUUUUUUUCUCAAACCUUUAUGGGUAUGCCGGGGAUUGUCUCGGUCAACACCUCAAAACCAACAUGGCGUGUACACGGGCCGUACCCUAGUUUCGGGCGGAUGCCCGUCACUAAUCGCUGGAUUUUGAAACCUCUACACCUCUGAUGGGGACGGGCUUCGUGUUUUACCCUCUGCGAGGUGACGUUCUGCCUUAGCCAUGGUCAAACACGCGUACGAUGACGAACACAGCCUCUGCCCGACCCGUGACGGAGCAUCGGUCACGUGUUCGUUGCUGCUGCAAGAAGACCUCACAAUAGGGAGCAACACUUGGGGGUCCAUCACGCACAACAUCAACAUCAGUCUCUCGUUCCAACAAUAGAUAAAGAUGGAUUUGUCGGGUUAUAUUUAGAACAAGACAAAAAAUAUCCAAUUGAAAUCAGAUACUACCGUUCGUUGUUGUGACGGAUGCAUCGCACACACCAUAUCUCGCCGAGUACCAAAUCAAUUACACCUCGUUCAGCGUACCGCGAUCUUUUUUCACCUCGCCGACUACCUUCAAGGACACGUGCCACCGGCUGGAAUAUCGAUUACUGAUGGCGUCUCAUGACUGGACAUCCAUGUGUUCAAGGCACACCACGCGCACAUGCUUAAAAAAAACAACGUCCAGAGGCCCGGGUUUGACUCGGAAGUCGUUGUCGCAAAUCAACGCCAAGGCUUAUCAUCAUCCGCCUCUGUUGCCACUGGCAAGCCGAAGGACAAAUCAAACUUCAAAAAUAAAAAGAGUACACGCGCCUGACACGAGAACUUUACCAUACGACUCCACACGCGACGCCACUGGUCGGUGUCUCGACAAUCAAGCACGGCAAGCCAUGCGCCCUGCGACGCGCAGCAAGUACCCCCCCUGCUCCCCCCUCCUGCUGUCAAAAUCCCCAAACGUUUCACCAGAAAAAAAAAAAAGUCUCCUCCCACGAAACAUGAGCAACACCUCUCCCGAUAACGUUAUGCUCUAGUUCGCCCUCUCCGCACAUUAUACAACAACCGCUUUUCAGAGCAAGCGCCUGGAACACCAUCACCGCCGUCCUCACCCACUUAUCAGAACAAGAGCCUGGAACACCAUCACGAUCACAAGGCUCAAACAGUGCUCCAGGGUAAAUAGAGUGUUCAAUGUCCUUUCACCGCGGCAUCAUCACUAGUUCUGCACCAGGUUGAGGUUAUGAAGAGCGUUCAAGGUCCUUCAGGCUGCGGCCCUGGCCACGCAUCGGCCUCUGGCCCAUAGGCGGGCGGUCUCCGCCGCCGUCCCGACUGCCGCCAAACCCUCCUCCACCGCCAUCGCGCCGAUCGAAUCCUCCUCCCCCCCUGCGGUUAUCGCGACGAUCAAACCCUCCC